AUGAGUUCAAACAAUUGCCGACAAAUUCCCUUUAGUUUUGUCAUAAUAAUGCUAGGAAGAAAAAAGGAUACCAAAAGUGGGUUAUUUUGUUGGUGUCUCUCAUCAUAUGCAUCUGAAAUUCACAGUUAUCUAAAAAAAAAAGAAAUAAAUGUUAGAAGAAUUCAUUUUCGAUCUCCUCAGUUAAAGUUUAGACCCGGACUAAUAGAUUGGAUAAGAUCCCUUUCUGUCAAAAUGAAGUUUACUACGCUGACUGUUCACUUAGGAGUACGUCUAAUAGAUGUUUUUAUGGAUAGUCAUAAUAUUAAACAAAGCCGUCUUCCUUCUAUAUGCUUGAUUUGCCUUUUAAUUGCUGCAAAAUUUGAAGAAGAAGAUUCCAUGAUUCCAAAAUUAACAGACCUCCCAUCGUUUGUUAAUGAUGAAACAACCAAGGAAGAUUUUGUGUACCUUGAAUUUUAUGUACUUGAAUCAUUUAAUUGGUUUGUAGGAUUCGCUACUGCUGCACAUUUUGCAGAAUACUAUUCUUUGUUUGCUGUAGUGAAGGGUGAUUCAGAUCAUUUUGAAACUUCACAUCGUCAUUUACAAGAUUUAGUGCAAUCAAGCAUGAAGGAUUUUUUAGACAUUUCUCUAACAGAAGUUUACAUGCAUGAGUUUGUUUCCUCACAAGUUGCAGCUGCAUGCUUAUUGGCAGCUCGUUUAGAACAUGGAGUAAUACCAGUUUGGCCCAAAGUUAUUGCUAACAUAACUGGAUAUACACUCUCUGAUCUUCAAGAAUGUCUUGAUUUACUUAUUGAAGCUAAUGUGAAUUACUCAUCCAAACGUUUUGAAGACUCCCGCUCUGAGUCUGGUUAUGAAUCCUGUAGUCCAGAAAAUCUAUUCAAAAAAAGAAAAUUGGAUAUUAGUUAG